AUACAAGUUCGGCAUUUUGAGCAAAGGUUUUCAUGGAACUAUGCCAUGCGUCGUUCGCGCAAAUAUCUUCUUCCGUGGCGCCAUGAGUUAACCACUAUUUCACAACCAGUUACCAUUCUUAAAUCUUGUGCUUUCCUUCACCUUAACCACGUGAUUGUGGGACCCACACACGCGCCUUGGCAUUCUCGCUUCGCUUCUUCUAUCUAUGGCGGAAACCGACCCUUCCUGGGUGCUCCGCAACCUCACCCGCGUUUCCACCCAAAUCUCGUACCUCUCCUCCUUCAAGCCAAUCAUCAGGACCCAAUGCUGCGACCUCGCUCGCCGCAUACGCUUCCUCGCUCCUCUCUUCCUCGAAUUGCAUGACAACGUUGAGUUGACGGGUGCCGUUUCCUUCCACGCACUUCAGGAAGCGCUCUUCAAGGCCAGGGAUUUGCUCCAAUUCGCCACCACUACAAGCCAGGUUUUCAUGAUACUGGACAGAGAGCAAGUUAAACACAGGUUCACAGAUGUUGCUGUUCGUUUUGAACAUGCCAUGAGGAAGAUCUCCUUUGAUGAGCUUGAUGUUUCUGAAGAAAUCAAGGAACAGGUUGCACUUGUGACCACUCAGUUUAGAAGAGCUAAAGAGCAGUUUGAUCCACUGGGUCUUCAGCUUUAUGAACAACUUUUGUCUGUGUACAACCAGAGCUAUGAUGUGAAGACUGAAACUGCUGAACUACGUUCAAUCUGUGAAAAGCUACAAUUUAUCAAUGUGGAUGAUGUCAAGCAAGAGUCACUUGCUCUAGAAAAGAUGGGCGGAGAGAGGUGGGAUCAUUCUCAGAAAAGGAUACAGGAUAUGUCGUUGGUUGUGCUGAAAAAAAUCCAAGAUUUCUUAAUGGUGGAAUCAGGAAACAUUAUUGUGUCACCAAGUGAGAAUAUAUCUCGACAUACUGAUGAGUCAUAUGUGAAAUCAUGUACGCAAUCACUGGUUAUACCUGAUGAGUUUCGCUGUCCAAUAUCUCUAGAGUUAAUGAAAGAUCCUGUUAUCAUUUGCACAGGGCAGACAUACGAACGAUCUUGUAUAAAGAAAUGGCUUGAAGCAGGGCAUGGAACUUGUCCCAAGACUCAGCAGAUUCUUUCCACUCCCAUCCUCAUACCCAACCAUGCUUUAUAUGGCCUGAUAUCAAGUUGGUGUGAGGCAAAUGGAGUGGAACCACCUAAAAGGUUAGGGAAUUUAUGGCUCUGUAAGACAACAUCGGAUGGAUCUUCUGAAUUAGUGGAUCUUGAUAUCUUAGUGAGCAAACUUUCUUCCAGAGGUAUUGAGGAUCGACGAAAUGCUGUAGGGGAGGUCCGACUUCUUGCCAAGCAAAAUAGUCAAAAUAGAAUGCUGAUUGCCGAAGCUGGUGCUAUACCUCGCCUUGUUGGUCUCCUCUACACACCUGAUGCUGGCAUCCAAGAGCAUGCAGUUACUGCUCUUCUGAACUUGUCUAUCUAUGCGGACAAUAAAGAGCGUAUCAUGGCUUCUGAGGCUGUGCCAGGCAUCCUUCAUGUGCUAGAAAAUGGUAGUAUGGCAGCCCGAGAAAAUGCAGCAGCCACCUUUUUCAGCCUUUCUGCGGUGGAUGAGAACAGAGUAGCAAUUGGUGCAUCUGGAGCAAUCCAGGCAUUAGUUACUCUAUUUUGCGAGGGAAGUACAAGAGGGAAGUUGGAUGCUGCAAAAGCACUUUUCAAUCUGUGUUUAUCUCAAGGAAAUAAAGGACGGGCAAUUAGGGCUGGUAUUGGGCCCAAGUUGAUAGAAAUGCUAAUAGAACCUGAUGGGGCAAUGCGGGACGAAGCAUUGGCAAUAAUGGCUAUAAUAGCUGGUCAUCCCGAUGGAAAAGCAGCAAUUGGAUCUUUGAAUGUUGUAUCCACUUUGGUGGAAUUAGUCAGCAAUGGAUCUCCCAGGAACAAAGAGAAUGCAACUUCAGUGUUGGUUCUCCUCUGUCAUGGAGAUCCUCUAAACUUGUCAAUUGUCAAUUCGCCUAGGGUGAUCAAUAUUCUCUCGGACUUGAAAGAAAAAGGUUCAGAAAGGGCCAGGCGGAAAGCUGGCCAGCUUCUUGAGUUAAUAGGAAAUCAUUGUGAACAUACUAUGAAAACUUCUAACUAGAUUUUAGGUGCAUCUGUUGUCAUUUUAAGUUACAGCAGCAGCACGGUUUGUGAUCAAAGAUAUGAUUUAUACUAUAGGAUACUAGUAUAGAAUCCCCAAUAUUUCCUUUUGAUUUUUAGUUUAAAGGAAAUUUCAAUUUACUCUACUAAUUAUAUAGCUGAAUUGAAACAGUUGUGCUGUAAAGCUUGCAAGAAGUGUUAAGGUGUCUGUUCGACACACUUGAAAUACGGAUAUUUGUUGACAUGAGAAAAAAAUUAUAUACUUCAUCCGAA